AUGUCCAUCAUAGAUCCUUAUCAACACAUUGUGGUGGAACACCAGUAUUCACACAUAUUCACUGUGACGGUAAGGAAAGCCACAAAUGUCACAAAAGGAGCCAUCGGUGACAUGCUUGACACCCCAGAUCCUUACGUGGAGCUGUUCAUCCCAUCCGCCCCUGACUGCAGGAAGAGAACAAAACAUUUCAAUAACGAUGUGAAUCCCGUGUGGAAUGAGACCUUUGAGUUCAUUUUGGAUCCCAACCAAGAGAAUGUUCUUGAGGUUACUUUGAUGGAUGCCAACUAUGUUAUGGAUGAGACUCUUGGCACAUCCACAUUUCCUAUAUCUUCUCUGAAACUGGGAGAGAAGAAGGAGGUCCAGCUAACUUUCAAUGAUGUCACAGAAAUGACUUUGGAAAUGUCUCUUGAAGUAUGUUCAGCUGUUACCCUCCGGUUCAGCAUGGCUCUCUGUGAUGAGGAGAAGAAAUUUCGGCAGCAGCGGAAAGAGAACAUCAUGCACAGUAUGAAAUCAUUUCUGGGAGAGGAGAACAGCAAGAACUUGACCACUUCCCGUGAUGUACCAGUCAUAGCAGUACUGGGUUCAGGAGGUGGAUUUCGUGCCAUGGUGGGGUUUGCUGGAGUCAUGAAAGCACUUUAUGAGUCAGGAAUUUUAGACUGUGCUACUUACAUUGCUGGUCUUUCAGGAUCCACGUGGUACAUGUCAACUUUGUAUUCACACCCAGAUUUUCCAGAAAAGGGACCAAAGGAAAUUAAUCAAGAAUUGAUGAAUUCUGUGAGUCACAACCCACUUCUGCUGCUCACUCCUCAGAAAGUCAAACGCUACAUUGAAGCACUGUGGAAUAAGAAAAGCUCAGGCCAGCCUGUCACCUUCACAGAUAUCUUUGGAAUGCUAAUAGGUGAAACACUUAUCCAUAAUAGAAUGGACACGACUUUGAGCAACAUGAAGGAGAAAAUUGAUAAUGCACAAUGCGCUCUCCCACUCUUUACAUGUCUCCAUGUCAAGCCAGAUGUCUCAGAGCUUAUGUUUGCAGACUGGGUGGAAUUCAGUCCUUAUGAGAUCGGUAUGGCAAAGUAUGGCACCUUUAUGUCUCCUGAUCUGUUUGGGAGCAAGUUUUUUAUGGGGACAGUGGUGAAGAAAUAUAAUGAAAAUCCCUUACAUUUCUUGAUGGGUGUCUGGGGCAGUGCAUUUUCUAUAUUAUUUAACAGAGUGCUGGGUGUCUCCAAUUCUCAAAAUAAAGGUCCCACCAUGGAAGAAGAAUUAGAAAAUAUUAGGCUAAAGCACCUUGUAAGCAAUGACAGUUCAGACAGUGAAGAUGAGUCACAGCAUCCAAAAGGCACUGAAAAUGCUGAGGCACAGCAGGAGUAUCAGAACAGCAGCCAAGAAAGCUGGGUGCAGCGAAUGCUGAUGGCUUUGGUGGGUGACAGUGCCCUUUUCAAUACCAGGGAAGGGCGUGCUGGGAAAGUGCACAACUUCAUGCUGGGACUGAACCUCAACAGCUGUUACCCACUCUCUCCUCUGGCAGACCUCCUUACACAGGAGUCCGUGGAGGAAGAUGAACUAGAUGCAGCAGUUGCAGAUCCUGAUGAGUUUGAGCGGAUAUAUGAGCCACUAGAUGUGAAGAGCAAAAAGAUUCAUAUAGUGGACAGUGGGCUUACAUUUAACCUGCCAUACCCACUCAUCCUAAGACCUCAGAGAGGGGUUGAUCUGAUCAUCUCUUUUGAUUUUUCAGCGAGGCCAAGUGAUUCCAGUCCUCCUUUCAAAGAAAUUUUGCUUGCUGAAAAAUGGGCCAAAAUGAACAAGCUUCCUUUCCCCAAAAUAGACCCAAAUGUAUUUGAUCGAGAGGGCUUGAAGGAGUGCUAUGUCUUCAAACCCAAGGACACCUCUUCAGAGAAAGACUGUCCAACCAUAAUCCAUUUUGUUUUGGCCAACAUCAACUUCCGGAAGUACAAAGCUCCAGGUGUUCCAAGAGAAACACAGGAAGAGAAGGAUUUUGCGGACUUUGACAUUUUUGAUGAUCCAAAUACACCAUUCUCUACCUUCAACUUCCAGUAUUCCAAUGAGGCUUUCAAGAGGCUUCAUGACCUAAUGGAGUUCAACACCCUCAAUAACAUAGAUGUCAUCAAGGAGGCUAUGAUGGAGAGCAUUGAAUACAGGAAGGAGAAUCCAUCCCGCUGCUCCGUGUCCCUCAGCAGCGUGGAAGCGAGGAGAUUCUUUAACAAGAGCCACCUUAACAACAACCAUACGUAGAGGAUGCGCCGUAGGUCCCACUCCCUCAAGAAACUGGUUUUUAUAACUGGAGUAAAAAAGACUUGAUCAGUGCUGCUG